AUGUAAUUUUAUGCUAAUUUUUCUUUCAUUUUUAGUAAAGAUGAUAUGUGGAAUUUUAAUUAAUUCAUUACAGAAUAAUCAGAAGACACAAAAAUCUUAUUAGAUGAAGAUUUUUAUAAUGAAAUAUUGAAUAAGGAUAGUGAGUAAAGUGAUAAGCCUUAAAUAGUUGAAAUAGAUAAAAGUUUAUUGGAGUAAGAAUUAUAAAUAGUAAAAUUGAAUAAAUAAAAGAGAAAUUAUUAGGAAGAGUAUUUGAAAUUGAUAAAUUUUGAAACAUAUACUAAGGAAUUGUCACUGGGAUAAUUAACAAGAUUAUUAAUUGAUAAUUAGUAUGUUGAUUAAUAAGAAUUAAAAAUCUAUAAAAAGUAUUCGAAUGAAUAUUUGAUUGAGUCAGGGAGAAUAUUUGGAGUACCGCUAGUAUUUUACAAUAAAUAAGAAUUAUAGAAUAAAUAAGUAUUGUAGAAUAAAUAAGAGUUGGAGCAUAAUCAUUCUCUAUAUUUGGUAGAUUAUUGUAUGGAUUGCAAUUGGUUUUAAUUAUAUCGAAAAGUGAGAUUAUCUUAAGAAGUAAAUAAGUAGCUGAUUUUAAUAAUGUUUUCGAAAGAAGGAGAAAUAGUGAAUGUAAAGAAAAUUUAAAACUACAAAUGA